UUGUUAAUUGUAUUUAGUUUAUUUUUUUUUUUAAAUAGAUAAUUAAUUACGUUUAAAAGUUGAUGGUUUUAAUUGUUUUAAAAUACCCAUUAUUCAUAAAAUUUUAUACUAAUAGUUAUGAAAACCAUAUGUUUAAAAGUUUGGAUUUAGGAUUGAAAUGGAACUUGGAAGCAUCAAGUAAGAGAGUGAAUUACUAAAAUGAAAAUGUUCGAAUUAAUGUCGGUUAUAGUAAUUUCCAUGGACGAGCCGAUGGAUUUGCGCCAGUGAAAGGCUUUGUGCCACCCUAUAUAAUAUAACAAAAUAAUCGAAUCGCAAAACCGGUUUUGACUUUGCUUUUUCCGAGUAUUUAAGUCCAGUGCUCUUUUAUUAUGAUGGAAGUUCCGGACUCCAAGUACACGCCAGUGAACACAUGCGGUGACGAGCGGUGCGCCAAUACCGCCAAAAUCCAAGACGCUGCCGAUAAGGUUGGGUGUCUUAGCAAAAUGAAACUAUUCAUGACCACGGCAUCGGCGGCCAAAGAUCCCAAAACCAAGUCUACAAUGGAUUGUAAUUAUACGUGUUUAAUGCUACUUAUUUUAGGAUUCAUAUUAAGUUCAUUCCUUACGAUAUUUAUGUGGUUUACAGAUCUAUACACUAGUGAAUUAUUUAAGAGACUGACACUAGCCAACGGUAGUUUACUAUACGAAUCUUGGAAAGAACCACCGGUUAGGCCAUUAAUGUGCGUGUAUAUAUUUAACUAUACAAAUGUCAACGAAUUUAUGAAUGACGAAGAACCAAAGCUCAGAGUUGAACAAAUCGGUCCAUACUGUUAUAGAGAAACAUUAUACAGGGUUAAUAUUACCGAUCAUAAAAACGGUUCUCAAACCUUCAAUGAAAUGAAAAUUCAAGAGUUUGACCACUUAUCUUCCAACGGUUCGGACUCGGAUAUAAUUACUGUGCCAGACAUUCCCUAUAUUAGCGCUAUAGCCUUGACCAAAGACGAAAACUUUUUAGUAAGAAACGCAGUGUCUAUGAUUUUUAAUCAUAUUUCCAACUUUCCGUUUGUGACGGUUAGCGUGCAUGAUUUUUGUUUUGGCUACCAAGAUCAAAUGGUCAGCACAAUAGCUACUUUAGCUCAAGUGGCAAAUAAACCCGCGCCGUUUGAAAAGUUUGGUUUACUCAUUAAGAGAAUGGGUGUAAAUCCAGAUAGAUUGACUGUUAGUAACGGUCAAAAUGAUAUAAACCAAAUGGGCCAAGUAAUGUUGUUGAACGGUAAAAGUAUGUUACACCCUUGGAAGACUGACGAAUGCAAUUCAGUCGGCGGAAGCGAUGGUAUGUUCUUUCCUAGAGAUAAAGUGCAACGCGAAGAGCCUAUUCAUUUAUUUCACAAAGACUCGUGUAGAAAACUACCAUUAACAUUCCAGUCCAAAGAAAAAAUUAAAAGUGGUGUUAUUGGACAUAUUUACACAUUAUCACCAUAUGCUUUUAAUAAUUCUGCCCCCGAAAACAGUUGUUAUUGCACACGUACACCAUGUAUGCCUGACGGUAUAUUCGACAUGGGACCAUGCUCAACUCUUUCACCCGUAGUCAUCUCUCGUGCUCAUUUUCUCUAUGCGGAUCCUACUUUACUAGACGCAGUUGAUGGUCUCAAUCCUGAUCCAGAAAAACACGAGUUCUUAUGGCUCGUUGAUCCAAUACUUGGAAUAACUAUGGAAACUCAAAUGAGGAUACAGCUCAAUAUUCAAGUGCGCAACCCAUAUGGUUAUGGUUCCUUAGUGAAAAUACCUGACAACACCAUACUACCAUUCACUUGGUUGGAAAUAAAAACAGGAAAAAUAUCACCAAAGUUGAAUAGUGCUCUGUUUCAUUUAACUUUUACCGUCCAGUGGAUACAAAUGUUCCUAAUGUGUUUAAGUCUAGCUGGUCUAUUAGGGACAUCUUUUUGUCUCUUACGAUUUCUAACUAGACGUUUAAAUACGAAGAUGGUAAUAAUUACAAAUGAAAUCCAACCAAUCAAUACACCAUGUGAAAAAAUUCCUAUUGUUUAAUUAGCUUUUUUAUUGUUUGUUUUUAAUUUAAAUAUGAGAAGUGUUUUUUUCAUUAUAUAAAUAUUUAUUACAAAUCAUUGUAUAUAAAAAUUCUUUUUAAAUAUUAAAAUUUAGGUACUAUAAUUUAUAAAUUUUGAUGUACAUCUUGGCUACAACUUCUUUUAUAUAGUAUGCCAAAUCAAACUUUCGAAAUUUAUUUAAAAUACAUAAGCCAUAAAUAACGAAU